CGAGUCAGAGGAAUUUUUUGACGUGACAAGUAAAAAUUUUUGUCUCGCUGGAUGAAAAAUCACAUUUUCCCCCUGAAAUCUCUCAAGAUUAUCACCUUAAUUCACCUGAACAAGACCUGUAGGUAUCAUCUGAAGUGCAGGUAGUGAGAAAAUUGCUGAGUAAACGUGCGCAAUUGCAGGAAAUUGGAAAAUUUGCCAAGGAGCAAGAUGAGUGUCGACACGUACGGGCCGAAUUCCCAGAGUUUGACUUUUCUGGACACGGAGGAGGAUCUGAUUGGGGCUGACACUCAAGGAACUGACUUUGAUUUCCGCGAUUUCACCGUACCCUCGCAGACGCAGGGAUCGCAGCUUGAUAACCUGAGUGGACCAUCGACAAGUCAGGUUAAUGGCUUCGGGAAGCGCCUGGAUAUUGGGACGAAAGUUUCUGCCCUCGUGGGCGGGAUAAAUGAUUUGCAAUUUGAGGAGGAAGACGACGAUGCCUUCCUCUCGAAUCAGGACCUUCCGGGCCAUGCAUGCAAGUACUGUGGCAUCCACGAACCCAGCACAGUGGUUAUGUGCAAUAUCUGCAAAAAGUGGUUCUGCAACGGGCGUGGAAGUACUUCCGGAUCCCACAUUGUUAACCACCUGGUACGGGCGAAGCAUCGUGAAGUGACUCUGCACAGUGAUGGACCACUGGGAGAGACUGUCCUUGAGUGCUACUCAUGUGGCGUGCGAAAUGUCUUUGUUUUGGGCUUUAUUCCCGCCAAAGCAGACUCGGUGGUUGUCCUCCUCUGCAGACAACCAUGUGCUGCGCAGAAUAGUUUGAAGGACAUGAAUUGGGAUCAGGAACAGUGGAAACCCCUCAUUUCCGAUCGCUGCUUCCUGUCGUGGCUCGUGAAGGUUCCCACGGAGCAGGAACAGCUGCGUGCGAGGCAGAUUUCCGCAGCACAGAUCAACAAGCUCGAGGAGCUGUGGAAGGACAACGUUGAGGCGACUUUUCAGGACUUGGAGAAGCCUGGAAUUGACAAGGAGCCAGCACAGGUGCAGCUACGCUAUGAUGAUGGGUAUCAGUAUCAGAAUGUCUUUGGACCCCUUGUGAAGCUCGAGGCGGACUACGAUAAGCGCCUGAAGGAAUCCCAGACGCAGGAGAACAUUGAGGUGCGCUGGGAUGUGGGGCUGAAUAAGAAAACCAUCGCAUACUUCACACUGGCCAAGAGCGAUGGCGAUAUGAAGCUGAUGCACGGAGAUGAGCUGAAGUUGCGCUACGUUGGCGAGCUGCACAAGCCCUGGUUUGGCGUAGGGCACGUAAUUAAGGUUCCGGACAACUAUGGCGAGGACGUUGGGUUGGAGCUUAAAAACAGCCUGCAGGCACCAACUGAAUGCACGUCCAACUUUUCCGUGGACUUCAUCUGGAAGGGCACCUCAUUCGAUCGCAUGCAAAUGGCUCUGCGGAAGUUUGCCGUGGAUGAUAAUUCCGUCUCCAACUACAUCUACUCCCGUCUCCUCGGGCAUGGGCGUCACGAUGGCUCCGAUGAGGUUACAUUUCGCUGCACAAAUCUCCCGAAGCACUUCAGUGCUCCCAAUUUGCCGGAUUUGAAUCGUUCGCAAGUGUACGCCGUGAAGCACGCUGUCCAGCGCCCACUUAGUCUCAUUCAGGGACCUCCGGGAACGGGAAAAACAGUGACAAGUGCAACAAUUGUCUACCAGCUGGUGCGUCAGAAUGGUGGCCCCGUACUCGUGUGUGCCCCCUCAAAUACAGCUGUUGAUCAGCUCACGGAGAAGAUUCAUCGGACAAACUUGAAGGUUGUGCGUGUUUGCGCCAAGAGUCGCGAAGCAAUUGACUCCCCCGUGAGCUUCCUGGCGUUGCACAAUCAAAUUCGCAACAUGGAGAGUAAUUUGGAGUUGCAGAAGCUCCAAUUGCUGAAGGAUGAAACGGGAGAGUUGAGUUCGUCCGAUGAGAAACGCUACAGGGCGCUCAAGAAGUCAGCUGAACGGGAACUCCUGGAGGCAGCUGAUGUGAUUUGCUGUACAUGCGUCGGAGCGGGAGAUCCUCGUCUUGCACGCAUCAAAUUCAAUUCCAUUCUCAUUGACGAGAGUAUGCAAUCAACGGAGCCCGAAUGCAUGGUACCCGUUGUCCUGGGGGCGAAGCAACUAAUCCUGGUUGGGGAUCACUGUCAGCUGGGUCCUGUGGUGAUGUGCAAGAAAGCCGCCAAGGCGGGAUUGUCACAGAGUCUGUUUGAGAGGCUCGUGGUUCUGGGAAUUCGUCCCUUCCGCCUGGAAGUGCAGUACAGAAUGCAUCCGGAACUAUCGCAAUUCCCGUCGAAUUUCUUCUACGAGGGUAGCCUGCAGAAUGGUGUGUGUGCUGAUGAGAGGAAGUACAAGGUGGAGUUCCCAUGGCCACAGCCCGAUAGGCCAAUGUUCUUCCUUGUAACGCAAGGGGCUGAGGAAUUGGCUGGCUCGGGGACUUCCUACCUGAAUCGCACUGAAGCCUCCAAUGUGGAGAAGAUUACCACGAGAUUCCUCAAGGCGGGCAUUCGUCCGGAUCAGAUUGGCAUUAUCACACCGUACGAAGGGCAGAGAGCCUACUUGGUGCAGUACAUGCAGUACCAGGGUAGUCUCCACUCCAAACUCUAUCAGGAGAUUGAAAUUGCCAGCGUUGAUGCCUUCCAGGGGCGUGAGAAGGAUUUCAUUAUAAUGUCAUGUGUGCGUUCGAAUGAACACGAAGGGAUUGGCUUCCUCAAUGAUCCACGACGUCUCAAUGUGGCUCUAACACGUGCUCGGUAUGGGAUAAUAAUCGUUGGGAAUCCGAAGGUUCUCUCCAAGCAGCCUCUGUGGAAUCAUCUGCUGAAUUUCUACAAGGAGAAGAAGGUUCUCGUCGAGGGAUCCCUCAAUAACCUAAAGGAGUCCCUCAUUCAAUUCGCAAAGCCCAAGAAGAUCAUCAAUACGCUCAAUCCGGGAUCACAUUUCAUGUCCAACGUCAUGUAUGACGCAAAGGAUGCCAUGGUUGCGGGUUCUAUCUACGAUAAAUCCAGCACAUUUGCAAUGAAUCAGUACCAACCGUCGCAGCAGCCACCAAUUGGUUUUGGUGCCAUUGGUAGUGGACACUCCCGGAAUGCGCAAGUGGACAUGUUCUCCCGGACACAUGAUUCAAUCAGCUACAUCUCCCCCGAGAGGGCAGCAAUGAACAAUAUGCCCGUUCCUGUGGGGAUGUUUAUGAAUAUGACCAACAUCCCACCGAGAUUCUAUCAGCAUCAGCAGGCAAUUCAGGCUGCGAAGCAGGGACGUCGCAAGGGGGUGCCCAAUGGUCCAACUUCAGGGCUCUCCGCAAUUGCCAAUGCUGCGCGCACGUCGAAGAGUCGCAAUGCCAGCCAAGGGGGACCCCUGACGCAAGGUAUGAGUCAGGGGAUGAGCCAACCGGGCUUCUGUCUCUCCCAGCCGGGAGAUCUUUCGCAGGACUACAUGGGUGACUACCAAUCGCAAAUGGAUGGGAUUCUGAGUCAGGAUUAUCUUCAUAGUCAAGGAGCUGAGAGAAUGAGCUUCGGCGGAGCAAAUAGUCAGUACACCCAACCCUACUGAUAAUGAGCUCUUAAGGCCGGAGCAGGAGAUUCGAGGAUUUCUACAUGGUCGUGGUUUAAAAUGCAAAACACUUGAAAGAGAGAGAUGAAACAACACUAUGAGCCUGGAAAAUGAUGUGGAGGAGAAACAAACAAACAAGCAAAAUGAAAAAAUGAAUUAAUGCGCGCAGCAAAUGAAUGUUGAGAAAUUGCAAAGAAGAUGAAGCUGCUGAAUUUGGGGACAAAAUCAGGAGAGAGAGAGAGAAGUAAAAGAAGUGGAGGAUACAACAGCAUGGUGAGAGAGAGUGAAGGAGUUUUGUGUGUGGAUUACAAUAUCGAAUGGCGACUUGUGGUCGUGCGGAAAAUGGGAAGAUGACGAGAGAUGGUGUCUGAACCCUCCGGAAAAUCCCCCCAAUAAACUCGAUGAUCACACACACAGAUAGAGACGCUAAUGAGAUGCCCAACAUUCAGUGGGAUUCGCUGCAAAAAAAAGGGAGAAAUCCAAUCAAACAGCUCUCCUCUGGUCUUCUCCAAGAAAACUUAAAAAAAAGCAAAAAAAAAAUGUUUCAUCCUUCAACAAAUGGAAGAAUAUUUGAAUGGAUCUUCCUCUACUUUUAAUCUAAAAAGCGUGGGACGGUGCUUCAAAAAAACAUCCUGCUGCCUCUUUGUAAGGAUUCUUCUAUAAUGCUGAAGGGUGGGACUAAUAUAAAAUCGAUGUGAGAUGUAUAAGUUUAAUCCUUUCCUUCCCUUUUCUUUAUCUCGCGGGAAAAUAAAUCCUUCCUUCUAAUAUUAUUCUUAUUCUUAAUAUCAAAAUAAUAUCAAAGAAAUCACGACUGGCACUUUUACUUUCAAAUCAAAAUAUAAUCAUAAAAAAAUCGGAAUGAAGAAAAAGUUAUUUAUUUGCAGAAAAUUUGUGGUGUUCCAGAAGAAAAAAUUAACAAUAUCUUUUUAUCCUUUCUAUUAUCUGGCUAUUUUUUGCAUAGAGCAUCAUCCCCUGUAUCAGAUUCUCUGUAGCAAAAUAAGUGAAAUUUUCUUCUUAUUUUUUUUGGAAAAAUAAAUAUGCUUUCUUCAAAUUAA